AUGUUGGGGGAGUGCUGUGUCCGAGUUGCACAGGUUGAUUUCGUGAACGGAGGAACGAGGGCGAUGGAAGAGGUCAGACAGGACUGGCGAGCAGUAGGAGUGCCUUCUUUGCGGGGAUGGGAUGAGGCGCGUGUCAACGAAGAUGCUGAAUCCGGAUAUUCGAUGACCGGUCUAUUGGAAAUGGAAUGCGCUAGGUUUGCACGAUCGAAGCUGUGA